AUGGAGAAGAUGGAGGGUGUGCGCAGCUUGCCAGAGGGAGUGACAUCCACCAUCAACGUGCUGAUUGACAGGGCUCUUUCUGGAACUUCCAUGGUCAAGUCAGCAGAAGGCAUCUUGACCUUGUUGAGGAAGGAGCAAGUGUUGCUCCAGCUUCGCCUGACGCCAAAGAUGGUUGGGGUGCAUCCGCGCAAUCGAGAUGGAGUUGGGGUAGCGGUGCGCGAGGUACAUUCCUUGCUGGCAGACAUUCUCGACACAGGGUUUGUCCCGAGCUUGGUCAGUGCUUUGGCCUUUGAGGUGACAGGCCCCGAAGAGUUGGAGUUCAACCGAAAGCUGAUCGAGUCUGCGGGUGGCCAGCUAGGAGUUGCCGAUGUGGCACAGACGAGGUAUUUGUCUGUGUGCGGCUCACACACCAACUUCGUCCUCCGGCUCUUUGUGGACUCAGUUGAACACAGCCAGAACCAGCAGGUCACUGUCAACGGCAGGCUGAGCCAAGACGCUCUUCCUCUUGCUGACACGGCUUUCUUCCAGGCUGUGCAGGAGGGGUGGUCUGGGAGAUCAUUCCCUCGUGGAUCGCAUUGCAGUUUCCACGUUUACCAGAGAUCUUGCAACAGGUUGGAAAUACUUCCCUCAACCGCGGGGAGAGCGAGAUGCAAAUGUUGCAGCGGCUGCACUCCAUGUGCGUUGAGCACAUCAAAAGGGGAAAGGGUGAAUCUCGAAGAGGUGAAGCGGCGGGCGUUGGCAAGCAAGCCAGCUUUUGCUGCAAGCUUGUCAGACAUGUGGACCUUUGUCAUGAGGUACUCAGGAGGCGCCAAGGCAAACAUGAUGCAAGAAACCCAGCAGUUCGUGAUGACAAACACCAAGUCAACUCAGCUGGGUGCUCCUUUGUGGAAGGCACUGGUUGAGGAGUCCAAGAUUGCCACCAACCCCCUUGUGAGAUGGCGACACGCCAUUUUGAAGCAGGGCUACUUCCACGGGGUGAAAGCGUUGGAUGUGAAGAGGUCAUUCAGCAAGGACAUGGUGCGGAGGGUGGCAGAAGCCAAUGACCUCAUGUUGGAGGUGUACAAGAGCACCGAUGCCAUGGCGAACGACGUCAUCAAGCUUCUCGCAACCUUGACUGGCCAUGAGAUUCCAAAUCGAUGGUCAGCGGAGGAUUUGGAAAAUGCUUUGGAGUCGGUACCUUCCAGCUCCAAAGAGCCGACGAUGAGCCUCCAUGAGCUUGGAGAAGACGGUCAGCUCAUGGACCCUUCAGUGUUGGUGAAAGAAGCUGGUUGGGCUGUAGGGCAGUCAUGCAGACGAGUGAAAGACAAGCUUGUAGGCAUCAUCACGGAGAUCACUCAUGAGACUGUCAAGAUUGAUUGUGGCAAAGGCCUAUUGAGCAAGGUGCCUUUGUCUGAGUUUGAAGCCGGCAUGUGGCAGCAUUUCACUCCAAAGGGUUUGCCUUCUGCUUUGGACUUCAAAGAAGAAUGGCUGCCACACAAGUCACUUGAGUUUCAAGUGCACCGCUUGAAGGCCAUGAUCAUGGGAGAGCUCUUUGACCUAUCCGAAUCUCAUGUUGAGAAGAUGCACACGCAGAAGUUGCAGGUCCAAACAAAGCCGUCGAAGGCACUGGUGGCAAAGGAGAAGAUUUUGAGUAAGAAGCUGAUCCUUGUGCCAUCUACUGUCAAGAUCCAGGCCAAGCACAAGCGUGACAAGAAGGAGACCUAUGAAGUGCUCCAAACCAUGAUGCCAGAGGAGAUCUUCUAUCUGAGCGGCAAGAACAAAGCCUUUCAGUUUCCAUGCGUGCGGAACAUCAGGAUCCUUCAGCCAGGUGAGGGGUUGAUGAUUGCUAAGGAGUCCAAAGAGUCUCGAGUUGAAGAGAAGCCAAAGAAGAGGCAACGGACGUAG